ACUCUAUCGAGUAUUCAAAGUAUUCUGCACUUGAAUCGGAGUUCUCAUAGUUGAAAACAUUCUAGCAUUGAGCAGUUCGGCUCGUUCACGAGAGAUUUAUCACAUUGUUAGCCACGGUUAGCCGUAGACUGCUAGCGAUCGAGAAAUAAACCGAAAAAAUAUGCGCUUUUCUGACAAGUGUUAAGAAAAGCUAAUGAACGCGAAUUCAAGCUCUUUACUGUUAUCCAGUGCUGGGGUAAUAAACUAUUCUUUGAGGGGAGCAUAGAUGCGCCCAAACUCUCACCUCCUCGUGGUGAUGACUGGAAACGGUCUCGACAAACGAAGAAGUGUUUAAGGCUUGGACAACCUAUAACUUGGCGACAAGUUUUCUAAAAGCUAGCUUAGGGGUACACUGGAAGAAGCACACUUUUCUCAUAAACUAUUGCUAAGAAGAAAAUACUAACCAACUAGCUGAUAUUAUCGCCUCUAUAGCCAAUACACUUGAUAUACCGCAUCUUGAAUACGAUUGGUCUCCCAGUGAAGCUUUGGAUAAAAAGCAGCACAUGGCGAUGACAUUGAACGUGCACCCAGAUAAUCUGGAUUUAACUCGUGGCUUAGCGGAUAUAGUUCAGAGUUUUGGUUGGCGUUCUUAUACCAUAGCUUAUGAAUCGUACACAGAAUUGCAACAACUUCAAGAUAUCCUACAAAUAGGUGAACGUAACAGUAAUCCGACUACAAUGUUUCAAUUGGCUGAUGAUUUUGAUUAUAAGCCGAUGUUAAAAAGUAUUAAAAUGUCUACCGAUAAUUGCUUAAUUCUGCACUGUUCCACUGAGAAAAUUGUGGAAGUCUUAAAACAGGCAAAGGAAUUGAAAAUGUUGGGAGAAUAUCAGAGCAUUUUUAUUCCGAACUUAGACACACACACAAUCGACAUGCCCGAUAUUCUGACCGUUGGAGCUAACAUAAGCACUGUACGUAUAAUGGAUCCGACAGAUUUUCAUGUGAAAAACAUUGUACACGAUUGGGAAGAACACGAGAAAAGAGAAAAGCGCUACUUUAGAGUCGAUCCGGAUCGAGCUAAGACAAAUAUGAUUUUGCUGAACGAUGCUAUUUGGAUAUUUGUCAAAGGUCUUGCAGAGCUACUCCAAGAAGAAGAACUUCAACUACCAAAGGUGGAAUGCCGUAGAAAUAGAUCUUGGCCUAUGGGUAGACGUAUAAUAGAGUUCAUGAAGGCGCGAUCCGACGAAGUAGCUACGGGUCGUGUGGAUUUCAAUCAGUAUGGACAGAGAAGUUUUUUCACCCUGCGUUUUUUGGGCUUAACACAAAUUGGCUUUCAGGAGUUAGCCACAUGGGAUCCUGUUAAUGGCCUACUGGCCAAAGAAAGCGAUGAUUUGAGUGAUAAACUAUUAGGACAAAAGAUGCAAAAUAAAACUUUUAUUAUCACAUCACGCAUAGGCGCACCGUUCCUAAUGUCAAGAGAAGCUGAAGAGGGAGAGAUUUUACAGGGCAAUGCACGUUACGAAGGCUACUCAAUGGACUUGAUUGACGCAAUCGCCAAAAAGCUUGAAUUUAAAUAUGAAUUCCAAUUGGCACCAGACGGUCGCUAUGGAAGUUAUAAUAAAGAUACUAAACAAUGGGACGGCUUGGUGCGUCAGAUAUUAGAUGGGAAUGCUGAUCUAGGUAUUUGCGAUUUAACCAUGACAUCGUCGCGCCGUACCGCUGUGGACUUUACACCUCCAUUUAUGACAUUGGGCAUUAGUAUUCUUUACGCGAAACCUGAAGUGCCACCAGCUAAUUAUUUUUCAUUUCUUUCGCCCUUCUCUGUUGAUGUUUGGAUGUACAUGGCCACGGGUUUUCUAGCGGUAUCUUUGCUUUUAUUUAUAUUGGCACGUAUGGCUCCGGCCGACUGGGAAAAUCCUCACCCGUGCAAAGAACCCGAAGAACUUGAAAAUGUAUGGACUAUGACGAAUACUACUUGGUUAGCAAUAGGAUCAAUUAUGGGUCAAGGUUGCGAUCUAUUGCCAAAGGCUGCGUCGACACGUUUGGCAACCGGCAUAUGGUGGUUUUUCGCUUUGAUGAUGUUAAACUCUUACACGGCGAAUUUGGCCGCCUUUUUGACUAUGUCCCGUAUGGGUUCUUCUAUAAAGAGCGCGGAAGAUUUGGCUGCUCAAACUAAAAUCAAAUAUGGCGCUGUAGUGGGUGGUAGUACUAUGGGCUUCUUUAAGCAUUCUAAUUUUACUACCUACCAACGCAUGUGGGCCGCGAUGGAUUCAAAUCCCACUGUAUUUACCAAAAGUAAUAAUGAAGGUGCGGAACGGGUCUUAAAAGGUAAACGUUUGUACGCAUUUCUAAUGGAGUCCACAACGUUAGAGUACAUCGUCGAAAGGCAAUGCGAUUUAAUGCAGGUGGGAGGAUGGUUGGAUUACAAAACUUACGGCAUUGCCAUGCCAUUUAACUCUCCGUACCGUAAGCAAAUAAGUGGAGCUGUUCUAAAAUUGGGUGAAGCAGGAACGUUAUCUGCAUUAAAACGUAAAUGGUGGAAAGAAAUGCAUGGCGGUGGUAAUUGUACCGUAGCCGAGGCCGCGUCUUCCAGCACACCUGAGCUAAAAUUGGUUAACGUCGGCGGUGUUUUCUUAGUAUUGGGCAUUGGUUUAUUGUGCUCAAUUGUAAUAGGCCUAGUUGAAUUCCUAUGGAAUCUUAAAACAGUUGCCAUAGAAGAAAAAAUUUCGCUGAAGGAAGCUUUAAAAUUAGAAACCAUGUUUGCUUUAAAAGUCUGGAUUACUACUAAACCGGUACGUGGUAGCUCUGAGAACUCUAGCAAAAGCUCUUCGUCCAGUAGCUCCUCUUCGCCAUCAACACACUCUAAAAAGUCAAGACGUCUUUCUAUUAGUCACAGCAUGAGAAGCUUGAAGAGCUCUAUACACGAAACCAUGCAAACCGCUGUUGGUGCUAAAAUGCGCAAAAUUGGCUCAAUGUUCUCUUUGAAAUCUAUGCAUUCUGGAAAACCUGAAAUCGAGAUAGAACCACCCUCGGAAGUCGACGAUAAAAUCGACAAAGAAGAAAAAGCGACGCAGAUUGAAAUGGAAAACUCUCAAGAACAUCGGCACCGUCAUCAUCAUAAGCAAAGCCAUCGAAAUCACUUGCAUCCGGACGAUAUUGAGCAAGAUAUUCAACGUGAACCACACAGAAGAGAUAGCAAAGCGAGCGGUAAAGCACAUUUCAAUGUUUGAAGACAAGGAAAUAAAGAGGGCAUAGACUUAACUUCAGAAUGGCUUUUUAAUGAACACUCUCUUUCGGAAGUUUCUAAGAAGGAACAAGAAAAAAUAAUAAAAAUUC